AUGUUGAACCGCCUCUUCCGGCCGCAGUCCGCGCUGCGUGCUGCCUCCGCCUUCUCCCAGAAGCCCGUCUCCGCGCUCCCACGCUUCCAGAUCCGGAGCCUGCACCGCGUGCCCCAAUUGACCAACGACCAGUACUUCAAAAACAAUGGCGUUCCGGAGCUGCUAUCGCCCGAGGCGUUCGAUUUCGCCUGGACGCAAUACCAGGGUCUGCUCAUUGACAAGCUGAACCUGAUGACGCAGGACACCGUCGACGCCGACGCAAAGCCCGGAGAACUGCUGGUCAAGUACUCCCGCCGGCCGGAGAUGGCGUCCGUGUUCAACUAUGCCUCGAUGGCCCACAACAACCACUUCUUCUUCAACUGCCUGGUGAGUGGUACCAAGGUCAGGUCGAAUUGUCGAGCUCAGCAUCUAACAAGUCCUAUCCCCGAAAAGUUCGCCAAAGACAUCGUCGACACCUGCUCCUCGAUCGAAUCCCUGAAACUCGAUUUCCUGGCCACCGCCAACGCCAUGUUCGGCCCCGGCUUCGUCUGGCUGGCCAAGAACCUGGAGCGGGAGGGUCUGAUGCACAUCUUCUGCACGUAUAACGCUGGCUCGCCCUACCCGGCGGCUCAUGCGCGGAGGCAACCGGUCGACAUGGCGACACACUCGCCGGACGCGCCGCUGGGCAACCAGUACGCUGGCGCGAUGGGUGCGCACGCGGCUAACCAGAAGAACAUGGCGCCGGGUGCUUUGGAUGUGCAGCCUAUUCUGUGUGUGAACACGUGGGAGCAUGUGUGGAUGAUGGACUAUGGUAUUGGCGGUAAGGCGGAGUACUUGGAGCGCUGGUGGGAUCGGAUUAACUGGGAGGUGGUGUUCGACAACUACAAUGCGGUUGGGCCGGUUAAGGGCAAUGCGGCUAAUGCUGGACGGAACUUGAGCAUGCUGUGA